AUGGCAAAAACGAGUAUUCGUUGGCAUUACAAAAGUGACAACGAGUAUUCGUUGGCAUUACAAAAGAAAAUUCGUUGGCAUUACAAAUUUUCUGUUCAUUAUCUAUCUAUCUAUCUAUCUAUCUAUCUAUCUAUCUAUCUAUGUUUGUUUCUUUCUUGUUCAGUCUGUUCCUAUCUAUCUAUCUAUUUCACUCUGUUUGUCAAUUUAUAUGUGUAUGCACCUAUUUCACUCUGUUCAUCUAUCUAUCUAUCUAUCUAUCUAUCUAUCUACAUUUCUCCAUAUCUGCCUUUGUUCCUAUCUAUCUAUCUAUCUAUCUAUCUUAGUUUGUUUCUUUUUUGCUCAGUCUGUUUCCUAUCUAUCUAUCUAUCUAUCUAUCUAUCUAUCUAUCUAUCUAUCUUAGUUUGUUUCUUUCUUGCUCAGUCUGUUCCUAUCUAUCUAUUUAUCUAUCUAUCUAUCUAUCUUAGUUUGUUUCUUUCUUGCUCAGUCUGUUCCUAUCUAUCUAUCUAUCUAUCUAUCUAUCUAUCUAUCUAUCUUAGUUUGUUUCUUUAUUGUUCAGUCUGUUCCAAUCUAUCUAUCUAUCUAUCUAUAUUAGUCUGUUUCUUUCUUGUCCAGUCUGUUCCUAUCUAUCUAUCUAUCUAUCUAUCUAUCUAUCUAUCUAUCUAUCUUAGUUUAUCUAUCUUAGUUUGUUUCUUUAUUAUUCAGUCUGUUCAAUCUAUCUAUCUAUCUAUCUAUCUUAGUUUGUUUCUUUCUUGUCCAGUCUGUUCCUAUCUAUCUAUCUAUCUAUCUAUCUAUCUAUCUAUCUAUCUAUCUAUCUUAUUUGUUUCUUUCUUGCUCAGUCUGUUCCUAUCUAUCUAUCUAUCUAUCUAUCUAUCUAUCUAUCUAUCUAUCUAUCUUAGUUUGUUUCUUUCUUGCUCAGUCUGUUCCUAUCUAUCUAUCUAUCUAUCUAUCUAUCUAUCUAUCUAUCUAUCUAUCUUAGUUUGUUUCUUUCUUGCUCAGUCUGUUCCUAUCUAUCUAUCUAUCUAUCUAUCUAUCUAUCUAUCUAUCUUAUUUUUAGUUCAAUCUAUCUAUCUAUCUAUCUAUCUAUCUAUCUAUCUAUCUAUCUAUCUAUCUAUCUAUCUUAAUCUUUUUAUUGCAUAUAACAAUCUAUCUAUCUAUCUAUCUAUCUAUCUUUUAUUAGAUGUCGAAAUCGCUUUAUCUUCCAUAAUCUUUGCUUCUUUGAGCUACUUAAUAAUAAGUCAAGAUAAAUGUUUCUUUGGCGACCUGGUGAUUAUCUAUCUAUCUAUCUAUCUAUCUAUCUAUCUAUCUAUCUAUCUAUCUGUCUCGGUACUUGUCGCCAACUUUUCUCUUAUUCGCCUCAUCACGUUACUUUUGCGCUAUCUGAUGACCAUUUUUUCUGAUUGUUUCAGUAUUCUUUAA